AUGCUGUUGCUGUUUGCGGUCAUUGCAUUAAUUCUCAAUGAGGCUGUAGCCUGGUCACCAACUAACAGCUAUGCUCCGGGCAAUGUGAGCUGUGCGGACGACGUCAAUCUGGUUCGUGAAGCUUCUGGUCUAUCAGCCAACGAAACUGCGUGGCUGAAAAAGAGAGACGCUUACACCAAAGAUGCGCUGAAAUCUUUUUUGGAUCGUGCUACGGAGAACUUCACGAACUCGUCCUUCGUGGAUGCCCUUUGGAAUAGUGGUAAAACUCCCAAAUUAGGUGUAGGCUGUUCCGGUGGGGGCUACAGAGCCAUGCUAAGCGGUGCCGGUAUGCUCUCGGCUCUUGAUAAUAGAACUUCUGGUGCCGACAAGCAUGGACUUGGUGGGGUUUUACAAAGUGCUACGUACCUCGCUGGUCUAUCCGGCGGCAAUUGGCUUGUGGGAUCGUUGGCAUGGAACAACUGGACCUCGGUGCAGGAUGUGAUCGAUAAUAGAGGCCAAGACGACGAGCUUUGGGACAUCAGUAACUCCAUUUUGAACCCCGGUGGAAUAAAUAUUUUCAGCAGCGCGAGCCGCUGGGACCAAAUUUCUGAUGCCGUAGAAGCGAAACAACAUGCCGGUUUUAACACUUCCCUGACUGACAUUUGGGGUCGUGCCUUAUCAUACAACUUCUUUCCCACUCUCUACAGGGGCGGCGAGGCCUAUACUUGGUCUACCUUGCGAGAUGCCGAUGUUUUCAAGAAUGCCGAAAUGCCAUUUCCUAUCUCCGUAGCAGACGGUAGAUAUCCUGGUACUGAAAUUAUUGAUUUGAAUUCAACUCUAUUCGAGUUCAAUCCUUUUGAAAUGGGAUCAUGGGAUCCUUCGUUGAAUGCGUUCACAGAUGUUAAAUACCUUGGUACCAACGUCACCAAUGGUACUCCCGUCGCUAAAGGACAAUGUGUGGCCGGAUUUGACAAUACAGGCUUUAUCAUGGGAACUUCUUCAACUUUAUUCAAUCAAUUUUUGCUUCAACUUAAUACUACAAGUCUCAGUUCAUUCCUCAAGGGCAUAGUAGAGGACUUUUUGGACGACCUUUCCGACGAAUAUGAUGAUAUUGCGAUCUACAACCCCAAUCCCUUCAGAGACACUGAAUUUGUGGCUUCAAACUACAGCCACAGCGUUGUAGAUUCAAGCAAUUUGUUUUUGGUCGAUGGUGGUGAGGAUGGAGAAAACAUCCCAUUCGUUCCCCUACUUCAAGAGGAUAGGGACUUAGAUGUUAUAUUUGCCUUGGAUAACAGCGCCGAUACCGAAGAUUAUUGGCCAGCUGGUCUUUCAUUGAUUGCCACAUAUGAGCGCCAGUUUGGACCUCAGGGCAAAGAUUUUGCAUUUCCUUACGUGCCAGACGUAGACACGUUUGUGCAGCAUGGGUUGAACUCUAAACCAACCUUUUUUGGUUGCGAAGCGUCAAAUAUGACCGACCUUACGCGGACGCCACCGCUAAUUGUCUACAUGCCCAACAAUAGACAGUCAUACAAUUCGAAUACAAGCACAUUCAAGAUGUCAUACGACUCCGCUCAACGUAUGCAAAUGUUUCAGAAUGGGUUUGAGGCUGUCACCAGGAAUAACUUGACAGAUGAUAGCGGUUUUGCAGGAUGUGUUGCCUGCGCCAUCAUGAAGCGUAAACAAGAGUCCUUGAAUAUGACCUUGCCAAGCGAGUGCACCCAAUGCUUCCAAGACUAUUGCUGGGAUGGAAAGACAGCGUCGUCUAGCGCCAAUGUGAGUACUCUCGGGCCCGCCAGCGGCUCAGUCUCCUUUGUGACAGACUCAGCAACGUCUACAUCUUCAAGCUCGAAGAAAAAUGGUGAACCACAGAUGCCUCAAUCUCACUCAAUGAGCUGGUACGUAGUAUUCACAACAGUAUUGGGUGUAGCUCUUGGGAUUAUGUAA